AUGCGUUUUGAUAUAUUUUUGUUGGUUGCCUUCUCUUUGGGAGUUGCCGUUAAUUGUGGAGUCGUGAAGAGGAAUCAGAACUCAUAUGGAGACGAGGCAGGAGCUGGAGGUGCCGCUGGAGCAGCACCGGCAGCACCAGCAGAAUCAGCCGCCCCUUCAGGAGGAGAAGCAGCACCUGCUGCUGCCCCUGCCCCCGAGGCCGCCCCUGCACCUGAAGCUGCACCUGCAGCAGCCCCAGCUCCAGAACAAGCAGCACCUGCUGUAGCACAACCUGCACCCGCUGCAGCUGCAUCUCAAGCUAGUGGAUACAGAAAAAAACGCUCUCAAAACUCUUAUGGAGAUGAGGCUGGACAUGCAGCUGGAGCAGCCCCAGCAGAGUCUGCAGCACCAUCCGGAGGAGAAGCAGCCGCCCCAUCAGGAGGUGAAGCAGCUGCCCCUGCACCCGAAGCCGCCCCUGCACCUGCACCAGCUGAAGCCGCCCCAGCAGCUGCCCCUGCACCAGAACAAGCAGCCCCAGCUGUCGCCCAACCUGCCCCAGCAGCUGCACCCUCUCAAGCCAGCGGAUAUUAAAUGUAUUUUGAAAAACGGAAAAACAUUCAACAUCCAGGCGCGCAUAUUGCUAAUAGCCAUUAUUGUGAAGAAUAUCACUGCCUUCCUUUCACCCCUCCUCAUUUCUUCCCCCAAAAUUUGUUUUC